AUGGCGCACGCAGACCACACACGAGAUCCCUGCCCGUGGGUUAUCCUGAACGACUUCGGUGGAGCGUUUGCUAUGGGUGCGGUGGGCGGCACCAUCUGGCACGGUAUUAAAGGAGCGCGCAAUUCGCCUCGCGGUGAGCGUCUGCCUGGUUCGCUGUCCGCGAUCAAGGCGCGCGCUCCGGUGCUCGGCGGAAACUUUGGCGUUUGGGGCGGAAUGUUCUCCUCGUUUGAUUGCGCUGUCAAAGGCAUCCGUCAAAAAGAAGAUCCCUGGAACGCCAUCAUCGCUGGCUUCAUGACUGGUGGCGGACUGGCAAUUCGAAGCGGACCCAAAACAGCUAUCGGAAGCGGCAUCAUGUGCGGCAUCCUGCUCGGCGUGUUCGAAGGCGUAGGCGUGCUCAUGCAAAGGAUGAUGGCCGAGGGGAAUAAACAGGUCGCUCCCAUCAUUCCGGAUACCCUACCUGGCUCAGCACCAGCCGGCUCGCCCGCAUUGUCAGGCGCACAAUAG